ACGCAUAUGGCUUUGCUCAGCAAUAUCCUAGCGGCCUAUUCCUUUGUCUCAGAAAACCCUGAGCGAGCAGCUCUGUACUUUGUCUCUGGCGUGUGCAUCGGGCUGGUCCUGACCUUGGCUGCCCUGGUGAUGAGGAUCUCUUGCCACACGGACUGCCGCCGGCGUCCCAGCAGGAAGUUUCUGCAGGACCGUGAUAGCAGCAGCGACAGCAGCGACAGUGAGGAUGGCAGCGAGGACACGGCAUCCGACCUCUCGGUGCGUAGACACCGCCGCUUUGAGAGGACUUUGAACAAAAACGUGUUCACGUCCGCGGAGGAGCUGGAGCGCGCCCAGCGGCUGGAGGAGCGCGAACGCAUCAUCAGGGAGAUCUGGAUGAACGGCCAGCCCGAGGUGCCGGGCACCAGGAGCCUGAACCGCUACUACUAAGGAGCAGCAGGAACCCCCGGAACCUUGAAGGGAGGGCUCUGCAGGGACGGUGGACACCAGGAGCUGAGCCCAGCUUU